GUCACUUUUUAAUACAUGCAGUGUUUCUGAGUUGGACAGUGGAGUAUUAAAAAAAAACAAAACUAUAUUAUACUGAAAAUAAAGCAGGAUCCCAGCUUAACAGCAACAAACCUGUGUUACACUGACAAACAGAUGGCAGCAGAAGAGGAGAUCAAGGUACUGAGGAUCCAGCUCAGAGAGAAGGAGGAGCAGGUUCAUCAGGCUGCUCAAGCUGGCCUGGAUCUCCUCAACCAGCAGGUGGAGCUGCAGAACCGACUGGAUGAACAAAGAGUAGAGAUGACCAACGCCCUUGAGGCUCUCGAGCAAGACAAGUACUCGUUGCAGAAGGAAGUGGAGCUGAAAACUCGGAUGCUGGAAUCACUGCAGUCGGACUUUGACUGUGUGAAGAAUCAGCAAAAACGGUACCUUCAAGAACAACAAGAACAUCUGGAGAGGGCUCAUAGCAUGGCACUCAGUGAGCUUCACAACAAGAUCCUGAGGUUGCAGUCUUCUCUAGAGGAGUCCCAGCUGAAUGAAAAACAGCUCAAACACAAACUGGAAAUGCAGACGGAGACGCUGAAUAACAAGAUGGAGGAGCUCAGAGCUCUAAACGAACACACGCAGAGUUCCAUGACGUCGGAGAUGAUGGAGGUGCAGAUGAAGAUCACAGAGCUGGAGAACGUUAAAGUGGAGCUGGAGCAGGAGCUGCAGGAAUCGCAGUACAAGGAGCAGCAGCUGGAACUGAGCAACAGCAGCCUGCAGCGGCAGCUGGAGCGAAUCACAGAAGAGAAGGAGGAAAGGGAGAAAGAAGCGGUGUCCUGGUUCAAUGCAUUAGAGAAAUCUCGUGAGGCCAACAGGGAUCUGCAGAUCGAGUUGGAUCAGGUUCUUCAGCAGGCCCAGGAUCCAAACAGCAAAGGGAACUCUCUGUUUGCUGAGCUGGAGGAUAAGCGGGCUGAGAUGGAGAGGCAGCUCAUCAGUAUGAAGGUCCAGUAUCAGUCGCUGCAGAAAAUACACGCCUUUAGCAAACAGCAGAUGCAGCGCUUGAAGGUGCAGAUAGCCACUCUGAUGCAGCUGCAGGGCUCCAGGGCUGAUCCUGCUCAGCUGGAGAGACUGCAGUCCAUGCUGUCGGAGAAAAAUGGAGAGAUCCAGAAUCUGAUGACUAAACUGCAGAGACUGGAGAAGGUGGAGAUGUUGUUGAAAUCUCAGCCAGCUAAUCCGGCUCCAGCCGAUGAUGGAGAGGGCCAGGAUGAAACAUACUACACCGACCUGCUCAAAAUGAAGCUCAGCAACACUGUUAAGGAUGCAGAGCGUCUGGGAGAUGAGCUUUCUCUUCAGAGGAUGAAGUCUUUGUCAGAGAGUCAGAGAGCUCUGGAGCUGGAGAGGAAACUCUUCACAUCUGAACGGUUGCUCAAACAGGCUCAGAGUGAGAAGAUCAAGUUACAGUUGCGAGUAGAGGAGCUCCAACACAAAUAUGAGCCAAAAGAGGCAAAGAAGAAUCUCAUCCAGAAGAGGAAGAAAGAGAAACUUCCUGUUGACAUCACACCCUCCGUGGAGGAGGCACCACUGGACCGGACCGAGGAGGCCGUUGCUGUGGUGACGGAUACAGUUGAUUCUAAGACUGCCGACCCCGAGGUCGACAUGGGUCCUCCACUGAGCUCCUCAGCAGUUUCAGAGGCUGAGCCACGGCCUGCCAAGUGUGUGAAGAUCAGUGAAAACGAAGCUACUGUAAUUCCCAACCCCAGCUCUCCUUCAGCUGACUGUAAGGAGAAAGUGAUGGAGGAGAACCAGCAGCAGAAUAAACGAGAGGAGAGGAGAAAGAAACAGAAAGCAGUGGAGAUGAUCCACGUCAGUUCUAACAGCAGCAUGGAGAACCAGUGUGCUCAGCAGUAGGACUCAUCAGGCCUGGACUAAACAUUGUCACAUGUGGACAUGUAUAUGAUGCUGCUGUCAUUUCUAAUAGUCUUUAAAAAAACAACUUCUGUUCUUAUAAAUAACAUAUUUGUUCUACAAUUGUACCCACACAUUUAAAUCUAUUAAAAAUGUUUCCAACAUCCUGUA